UUAAAACGCGUGUAUAAACGUGUGACAACAAAAACAUGUGUCAGUAUUGCGAGUCAGUGAAUCGAUCGUCGACGCAUCAGCAGCAGCACGACGACGACGCCGACGUACUUCUUUCAUUGAGCAAAAGUGCAAAGAACGACGGCCGACCAGUGGUGAACGGUGUAGUAGUAGUAUUAAGCAAUGGCGGCCUCCUCGAUGCCUCGUACGCUGCGAAGCAGCAUUUAAUCGUCGGCUGCAGCAGCAGCAACGAGCAGCUGAACUAGACAAAAAAACAAAAAAAAAACACUCGUGUGUCGUGUUGUACUGCUGCUGCUGCCAGUGUUGUUGGUGGUGCAAAAAGACGAGUCAGCAGCUGACACAGCACAGCACAAGACAAAAAACCGUGUAGCAGCCAGGGUGGUGUUAUUAUCGUAGAGGCAAAUGCAAGUCGUCAAAGCUCGACUGCUACCCAACCGAAAGACCGUCGUCGUCGGCCACGAGCUGCUCGCAUUAGGUCUCAGGAAUGAAGAAAGAUCGCUGGUUCCUAACUCUCUGCACAUGCUUGGCCGUGAUUCUGCAAUUGGCGAUACCAAGCAGCGGCGACAAUCCCACAGGAUGCUCGAGAAACUGCGACUGCGACGCGGCGCGGGCGAGUCUGCGCUGCGAGGAUCGACCUCUGCAGGAUCUCGAUCGUCUCGCCGACUCGACUCUGCUCAGCGUCGAGUUGAUCAACGUUCCGGCGUCGGGGCAAAUUCCCUUGGAAAUUUUGCGGCCCCUGGCGGAGUUGCGCCACUUGUCCUGGACGAGCAGCGGCAUCGAGUCGCUUCAUCCGCUGAACUUCCAAGGCAAUGCUCGGCUGGAGAGUCUGAACUUAGGUGACAAUCGACUGAGCAAGUUGCCCGUGGACGCGUUCCGCUCGAUGCGCAAGCUCAGGCAUCUGAACCUGACGGGCAACUCACUGGUCCGCGUACCGCCGCACAUCUUCAAGGAUCUCGAGGAACUAGAAACAUUGAGUUUAGCGAAGAAUAAGAUAGAAGUACUGCCUUUUCAAGCCUUCGAAGCCGUGGGCAAGAGUCUGAAGCUCCUCGACCUGUCGGGCAACUCGCUCGUCUCUCUGCCCGAUCACAGCUUUCGGCCCAAUCGCGCCCUGCGCACUCUCAGGCUGUCGAGCAAUUACCUGACCAAGAUACCCUCGCAUCUGUUCUCGGGUCUGGCCAAUCUGCAAGAACUCGAUCUCAACACGAACUCCAUCGACUUUUUGCCGCGCGGCCUCUUCGGCGAGUUGACGAGCCUGGAGAGGCUGGAUCUCAGCGGCAACACGUUGAGCCGUGACGGCAGACUGAACGACAUCGUCUUCAACGGCCUCGAGAACUUGAGAUGGCUCAGCGUCAGCAGGUCGAGGGUGGCCGGCUUCCCGAGGAAUGUCUGGCUGUCGACGCCGCAUCUGAGGACUCUGCUCGCCUCGGAGACCAAGAUCGAGGUCCUGGAGGACAACGACUUGGCUCACUUGGCCGAGCUGCGGAGCCUGGAGAUAGCUCGUAGUCCGCUGCGCGAGAUGGGCCCGCACACGCUGGACGAGACGCCCAAGCUCACGCGGCUGGUGCUGCGCGACAACGAGCUGGCCUUUCUGCCGUCGAGCCUGGCCCAGCUGCAGAACGUCAGCCACCUCGAGCUCCAGGGCAAUCCGUGGGCCUGCGACUGCCGCAUGUUCUGGUUCGUGCGCUGGGCCGAGGAGCAUCGGCAUCGGGCGGCCUUCGACUCGGGCCUGCGCUGCGGCCACGAGUCCGACACCAUCGACACCAUUCAGGCGCUGCGCUACCUCAACUGCACGCCGCCCCAGCUGAGUCGCGCGACCUCGGCGCGCGAUCUGCACGUCUUCCGCAGCACGGUGAUCCUCGAGUGCGAGUACGGCGGCAAUCCGCUGCCCUCGAUCACCUGGGUGACGCCCCAGCUGCGCGUCUUCCACUGGAGCCCCGACCCGUCGUUCCCCGACGCCUACAUGCAUCAUCCGCGGGUGCACGACUACCGGGUCGACCAGGCGGACUUCGAGGACGACGGCCGCGUCAAGCUGCUGGACAACGGCUCGCUGCUCAUCACUCGGCUGCUGCGGCAGGACGUCGGGGUCUACAAGUGCUUCGCCGUCAAUCCCAUCUCGAACUCGACGACGAUGGUGACGCUGCGCAUGGACCCGGUCACCAUGCACACGGUGAAGCUGCUCAGUAUCGCGGUGGGCGCGGCCAGCGCCGCCGGUUUCCUCCUGCUCACGCUGCUCGUUCAGCUGCUGCGCUAUCUCUUCAUGAGAUGCGGCUGUCAGAAGUGGUGCCUGUGCUGUCGCCACGUCGGGGUGACGCCGCGCGCCAAGCAGAUCUACCAGAUGCUGGACAACAUCGAGCAGUACAAGAGCCAGCAGCUGGAGCGGCUGCGCGAGAACUACACCCAGCAGGUGCACCGCAUCAAGGACAACUGCGCCCAGCAGGUCGAGUGGAUCCGCGACAGCUACGAGGGCCAGAUGAGGCACAUACGCGACAUACGCGAGUACGGCACGAAUCAUCUGACCACGCUGCGGGACCAGUACUGCGAUCAGGUGAAGCGCGUGCGUGACUACUCGACGAGCCAGUUGAACUGGGUGCGCGAAAACUACGUCUUCCAACGCAACAAGAUCCGUAAAUUUAGCUCGCACCAGGUGCUGCGUCUGCGCGAGUCCUACAAGUACCAGCAGCAGACCCUCAACAAGGUGCUCGAGAAUCUGCCCUCGCUGUAUUUCGACAAUUGUCGGAGCGGCUCGUGCGGCGGCGGUGGCAGAUCGGGCUCGGUAGUGUUCGAUCCCAAAGACCUGGUGGACGACGGCACCAUCACCGACGCCUCGCUCGUGGCCAACAGCGUCAACGCCUACUUCAAGACGCAGAUCGACGGCAUAGUCACGGCUUACGCCUCCAGUCUCGAGGACGUCAACAGCGACUAUUACACGCCCACGGAGCAGCUGUCCGCUUGCAGUCCGCGCAGUCCACCGCCGGCAAUUGGCAAGUUCGCCAAUCUCGAGGGCGUCCAGGUGAUCAAUUACAUCGACGAUCGGCCGCCGUCGUCGAUCUUCAUGUCGUCGCCGCAGCGCAGCGGCAACAGACCACCACUGGAGUUGGGCCCGGCUCUCCUGCACAGGAUCGACGAGUUCGGCAGCUCGACCACCGUCGCAAGUGUCCUGGAUCAUCAUCAUCAUCAUCAUCAUCAUCAUCAUCCGGCGGUGUUCCGUGGUAUCAGUGCCGAGACUCUGGCCGGCGACACGCGCGGUACCCCCGAAGUGCUCGACAUGCUCAUACCCAGUGCCAGUCUUCCGGAAUUACCCAGGGAGACGAGGCUCUGAGGUCCGAUGCUGUGCUGUUCGUCGUCUUCGAUCUUUUGGAUGUGUUGACAACACGUGUGUGUGUGUAUGUGAUACGUGCGCGCGUGUAUAGAGCUUAUAUCGCGUAGUGCAGUUUUAGACUUUUCGAGCAGUUAAUAAGAGAAACACGACAAAUAUUGUGUGAAGUAUGGUUAUUAAAAAAAAAAAAACAAAACAACAAGAAAAGCAAUGUGUGAUAACAGAAAAAAAAAAUAUAUAAGUGGUGCAGAACUUUCUUCUAGAUUGAAAAAAGUCAUUAGUUACAAGCCUACAUUAGGCGAAGAUAGGAAAUAAAUUAUUAUUAUUAUUAUACAAUAUAUACAUAGAUAUAUAUUAUAUGUAUACACUCGGAUACGAUUUAGAUUACGCAGUUCUCUCGAGCCUUUGCGGCUCGGUUUUAAAACGAAGGCUGACGAAAGAGAGACAGAGAGAGAGAGAGAGAGAGAUAUAUAGGAGCGAAUCAAGAGCGCGCGCGGCACACAACACGAGUAAAACGUAAAACGCCGCACAUUCAGCCGUGAGCGGUAUGAAAGGGAGUCGUGUUCGUAGCUCGAAUUGAAGAAAUUUCGUUUCAACUAAUCGUAAAUAGUAACUAUCUACUCGAGGAACUUACGAGCGGUAUACGUGGGUGUGCGUGUGUCUGUGAGUGCAUGGAAAAAAUCUGUCCUACUGUGUAGUUGUAUAAAAAGUGUUUAUUGCGUCACGCGAAAUGAGAUGAAAAAAUAAAAUAAAAGAAAGAAAAAUAAUAAAGUAAUGCCUACAAGAGAGGAGUAAUUCGGUCGCGUGUGUGCUCGAGCGGUGCUGCUUAUUUUAGAUAUACCGACACCUAAAACUUCUAUAUACAUGAUGAUCGGGUGUAUGUGUGUAUGUGUACUAGAUCGAUGGUGUUCAACUAUCGGCAAUUUACACAAAAAAAAAAAAUCUGAGACGGAGCCAAAAUCGGUGGCCUCCUGCCCGUCUCGAAACUCGUAAGUGAAAUUCUAAUAAAAACAAUCAUAUCAUGAGCUCUCGUAAACGAAGAUUCUCGUUUUUUUUUCUCGGUUAUCUCUGUUUUCAUCGUGAUGAUUGUAUUACUACAAGUGCAAUCUAUUUUAUCAUCGAAAUAUCUUCGGAAAGGAGAUUUUAAGAGUGCGUUGAGUGUUUUUAGUCGAGUUAAUUUUUUUUUAUAUAAAAUAUAGCGAAUCUAAUUCAUCGUUGUUACAUUGUUAACUAAACAAAAAAAAAUGUGAUUGAAAAAUUGUAUGGAACGUCGAUACUAAUAUCGCUGAAAAAUUAUGAGAUGCGACUUAUUUUAUAACAAUUACGAUUCGUUAAUCGGAAAAAAAAUCAACAAUCGUUUUACCGUCGAUGAACUCCAAUUCACAUCGAUGAAUAGAAGAUGUGAGCUGUGUAUUCAAUAAAAAUAUAUGUUUAUCGUCAGCAAGUGUUGCAAAGCACCUACUACUGUAUCACUCGAAUUAAAAUCGGUCGGAGUUAUAUAAAAUUAGCAAAAUUGCAUCUGGAUUUGUGAAUUCCAUAAAACACGAACGUCUUUUUUUUUAAUUAAUGAAAGAAAAAAGAGAAAAAAAUACAAUUAUACGCGUACUUAUGCUUCCCUUUGAUUAUUGUGUGUAUAUUUUUCUACGAUUCUUUGAAUUAAAUUUUAAAGAGAAUCCUUUUUUCUACAUAAGAAUGGCUUAUUCUUCACGGAAGAUAAUACCAAGACUGCCGUAAUCACUUUUUGCUACACUAAGAUAAAACCGAAAAUUAAUCGGAAACUUUUUUUUAUUUUAUUACCCACGUUUGGUUAUUUACUUUAAUAGGUCAUAGGUAAGGUUGAAUAUUUUUUUCUAUAAAGAAUAUCAGUUUUUAACACUUAAUUUUUUUUUCAAACAAGUUAUAGAAAAAUAAUCAGUAGUAGAGAAUAGAUCAAUAUUCCUUGAGGAAUUCCUGUAUGAUAACUAUUACUCUCAUUCCAUAUGUAUGUAUAUUUUGGAAGAAUAAAAAUUUUUCAAAGUUACUGCCUA